GCAGAUGAGUGUGGGUUAUCAGAGCCUUGGGUCUCAUCGUUGAAAAACAACGGUGUGGCCACCUUCGCAAAGCUGAGUUUUGCAAUUACAAGUCCGGGUACGGUGGCAAGCGAUGAUCAAGUGACACGCUUCAUGGCCAAUUUGAGGCCUGGAGUGGUGGCCACGAUAGCAGAUCUUUCAGCCUUCAAGAGGAUCUUAUUUGAAUCGCAAACCCUUAUGAUUCACAGGUUCAAGUCUGCGGCCAAGGGCGAUGACUUGACUCCCAAAAGAAUGCCAGCGCCUGAACGCGAUGCCAGGCUGGCGUUGCAACGUCAGCAUUUGAGGGGCCUGGAUAUCUCAGGUCCUUUGGAACCAGCGCAUAGCCUGUAUGACAUGUGUGCUCAGAUGGUGGAGCGCAAUGAGGUCGCGUACAUCAGUCCUUCCAAGUGUUUGUCUCGGCAGCAGGAGUUGAUGGGAGCAAAGCCUGAAAAGGAGCUGCAGUUGGAUGCUUCCAAGACCGGCCUGAUCAUCAAGGAGCAGCCCAUCACACAGGAGAUUAGUUUGACAUCGGAUCUAGCUCUUUUUCAAGCCAUGCAGCGUAGAGCCCUUGCCAUGGACCUUGCCAACUUGGCCACCUAUGAGGUCAUGAAGAAAUGGGUUGAUCGGAUGUUUGCGGUUUUUUCUCAGCCAGCCGCCCCAGGUUUUUCGAAAAUCUCUCAAGCACAGCUUCUACGAGCAGACCGACAGGCCUUUGUGCGUUUGAGUGAAACCUUCACUGGGUCAUUGAAGGUCAUGCCCAUGGCGGGCAAACCCUUGGACCCAAUGAUUGAGAAGCUGGAGAAUGAUGUUUCGGUGACCUAUUUCAUGUUGCCAGCAGAGUAUACACCGCAGCUUGCAAAAGCGCUUGCCACAACCAUUUUGGAAGCCGUUGCAGGCACCCUCAAGCUGACCAAUGUCUCCCAGGUGUCGAAGAGGCUCAAACUGUCGCAUUUUCACGCCAUUGCAGCCGGCAAGCAGCCGACUAAGAUGACUUCCCUUCCUACGGCGCUGGGUGAUGUGGAUUCUGGAGUUGCAGUGACGGGGGGAGCGCAUUUGGUUUGCAACAGAGGUAUUUGUGCACGCAAGGAACCACAUCUUAAAUUGGAGCGGUUGGAAAUUGUGGGUGACUGCAACGACUUUGUUUUUGGCGUGCGUUGGUCUCCUGAGCAAUUUCUUGAGCAAGCGGUGCUCGUGGGGCAUCCCUUCCGUGAGUUUUCUGGGCUGCUUCCUGAAGUCAAGUUGGCAUGCGAGAAACUGACUAGCUGGAGCCACGAGGACUUGGUCAACUGGAGGUGCAAGAAAUUGGGUGAGUGGUUGCGUCUUGCUAAAUCCUUGCAAGGUGAGGAAAAGGCCCUGAAGGACAGGAUGCCUGAGGCCAGGCGUCGUAUUUUGGAAAGGAAGCGCGUGGCUUUGAUGAGGCACCUCAUUCGGCAAGAAGGAUAUGAUGAUCACACCCUUGCAGAUGACAUUGAGUUCGGCUUUAACCUUGUAGGAGAUUGUCCAAAAUCAUCGGUUUUGCCCUCAAAGCUGGUUCCAGCCACGAUAUCGAAAGAUGACCUGCGCAGGCACUCCGCCAAAGCCAGCAAAGCUCUACGCUAUAUGACAAGGAGCAGUGGCGAUGUGGAGUUGGACGCGGGCCUCUGGACCAAGACGAUGACUGAGGUCGAGAAGGGUUGGCUCAUAGGUCCCAUUCCGUGGGAGACGCUGCCUGUUGGUGCUGCAGUGUCCCGGAGGUUCCCCCUUUCUCAAGCUGGAAAGGUUAGGCCGAUUGAUGACUUGAGCCAAAGUCAGGUCAACUCCACAGUGAAUACAUUCGAGCAGGCUACAGUGGAUGGCCCGGAUGUAAUUUGCAGUCUUGCUACCUAUCUGAUGAGGUGCCUGGUGGACCAGGGACGGCCGUCCUGCCUGAAAGGGCGGUCCUUAGACCUCGCGUCGGCGUAUCGACAGCUUGCAAUCGCAGAUGAGUCAUUGCAACAUUCGUUUCUGUCUGUGUACGACCCGGAAGGUGGUUCAGCCAAGCUUUUUCAGCAGGUAGCAUUGCCUUUUGGUUCGCGAUCGGCUGUCAACGCCUUCAUAAGAUGCGCCAGAUUUCUACAGUGGAUAGCAGCGAAAGUGUUCAUCCUGCCUUUGACUUGCUACUUUGACGACUUCGUUGCAUUUUCCAUGCCGAGCUUGUGCAACAACAGUCAAUCUACCCUGUGCUUGAUGCUCGACAUUCUAGGUUGGCGAUUUGAUCGUGAGGGUCCGAAGAGUGAUGAUUUCUCGGAAAGCGUGUCGGCUUUGGGUGUCCUUUUUGACCUCACCGAGUCAGAACGCGGGAUACUCAGGGUUUGCAACACGACCAAACGAAUCAAUGACGCAACUUUGAUUUUGGAUGAUGUGCUGUCCAACGGGAGGUUGGUGAAGAAGGAUGCACUGUCUUUACGAGGAAAGUUGGCGUUUUGUGAUGCUUUCAUUUUUGGGCGAGUUGGCAAGCUGGCUCUUCAAGAUAUCACGAAACAUGCGUACGCCAAUCCCUUUGUUUCCCAACUUUCUGAAAGACUGGUUGAGUCUUUGCGUCGCUUGCGGGGUAGGCUAGUUUCUGGUUCACCAAGAGUUUUGACCUGUAAGAUGCUUGAGACAUUUUUCCUUUUUACGGAUGCGAGUUUCUGCAGAAGUAGUGGUGGUGGCUUUGGCGCCUUCCUAGCCGCCCCGGACGGCGCCGUGAUUUCCUGGUUUGGCAUUCAUGUCGAGGCUGAGCGUUUUGCAAGGUGGUUUGAGCAAGGAAGACAAACCUCAUCGGGGAAUUUGAAACCCUUGUUGUCGACAUUGCCCUGA